CAUACAACCGCCACGCUCUCCCUUUCUUCUCAUUUGCCAAUUCCUUCGACCCGAAGCAAAACCCUAACAGAUCUCAUCAGAGAUGGCGAGUAGGUUCGGUUUCCAGUCCUCUGCGUCCGCGAAGAUGAUCGUCACCUCCACACCUGGGGCAGAUCUCGCCCUCACCAAUCUAGCCUAUGUCUCGCAGUCUGUUCUCCAAAACUUCGCCGUCCCUGGCUCCAAAAUCUACCUCGCUUUGGUUGGGGACGCCCACGUUCUCUCUCUUGCUCCCCAUGAAAGCAUAAAUGGUGAUCAAAUUGCUCUAAAUGCUAUUCAACGUCGGAACGCAAGAGUGUCUACUGGUGACCAGGUUAACGUGAGCAGAUUCAACCCUCCUGAUGACUUUAACCUUGCAAUGAUGUCACUUGAGUUGGAAUUUGUGAAGAAGGGUACUAAAAGUGAACAGGUCGAUGCUAUUCUCCUGGCCAACCAACUUAGAAGGAGAUUUGUUGAUCAGGUUAUGACAGCAGGGCAAAGAGUGUCGUUUGAGUAUCAUGGAAAUAAUUAUAUUUUUACGGUGAACCAAGCUGUCAUAGAGGGGCAAGAAAAGUCUAAUUCUCCUGAAAGAGGCAUGAUUUCAAGCGAUACAUAUUUUGUCUUUGAAACAUCAAAUGCGAGUGGAAUAAAGAUUGUUAAUCAACGCGAAGCUGCCAGUAGCAACAUCUUUAGGCAAAAGGAGUUCAAUCUUCAGUCAUUGGGUAUAGGUGGUUUAAGCGCAGAGUUUGCAGAUAUAUUUCGAAGAGCUUUUGCCUCUCGUGUAUUUCCUCCCCACGUGACAAAUAAGUUGGGGAUUAAGCAUGUGAAAGGCAUGUUGCUUUAUGGGCCUCCCGGUACUGGCAAAACCCUCAUGGCUCGUCAAAUUGGAAAAAUGUUGAAUGGCAGAGAACCUAAGAUUGUCAAUGGCCCCGAAGUCUUGAGUAAAUUUGUUGGUGAGACUGAGAAGAACGUUCGGGAUCUGUUUGCUGACGCUGAGAAUGACCAAAGGGCACACGGGGACCAGAGUGAUUUGCAUGUCAUUAUUUUUGAUGAAAUUGAUGCCAUUUGUAAGUCAAGAGGGUCGACUAGAGAUGGUACAGGUGUUCAUGAUAGCAUUGUGAACCAACUGCUUACAAAGAUAGAUGGUGUUGAAUCUCUAAAUAAUGUUUUACUUAUUGGAAUGACCAACAGAAAGGAUUUGCUCGAUGAAGCCCUUAUGAGACCAGGACGAUUGGAGGUUCAAAUUGAGAUAAGUCUUCCUGAUGAAAAUGGUCGCUUACAGAUUCUCCAAAUUCAUACAAAUAAGAUGAAAGAGAAUUCUUUUCUUGCUCCUGAUGUGAACCUUCAAGAGAUUGCUGCUCGCACAAAAAAUUACAGUGGCGCAGAGCUUGAAGGUGUUGUAAAAAGUGCAGUAUCAUAUGCUCUUAAUAGUCAACUAAGUAUGGACAAUCUCACAAAGCCAAUAGAUGAGGAGAGCAUUAAAGUUACGAUGGAUGGUUUUCUAACUGCCAUACAAGAAGUUAUUCCUGCAUUUGGAGCCUCCACUGAUGACCUUGAACGAUGCAGACUCAAUGGCAUGGUUGAUUGUGGCGAUCGACACAAACACAUAUAUCAAAGAUCUAUGCUACUAGUGGAACAGGUUAAAUUAAGUAAAGGAAGUCCACUUGUAACUUGCCUUUUGGAGGGACCGAGUGGCAGUGGCAAAACUGCAUUAGCUGCUACAGUUGGCAUCGACAGUGAUUUUCCAUAUGUCAAGAUUGUAUCUGCUGAAACAAUGAUUGGUCUUCACGAGAGCACGAAAUGUGCACAAAUUGUCAAGGUGUUUGAGGAUGCAUACAAGUCACCGUUGAGCAUAAUUAUUCUUGAUGAUAUUGAAAGAUUACUGGAGUAUGUUGCUAUUGGGCCUCGUUUUUCAAAUUUAAUUUCUCAAACAUUGUUGGUCCUCCUCAAGCGUCUCCCCCCUAAGGGAAAGAAACUUCUGGUGAUGGGUACAACUAGUGAAGUGAGCUUCUUAGAUUCAAUUGGUUUUUGUGAUGUUUUCUCUGUGACUUAUCAUGUUCCCACAUUGAAGACAGAGGACGCAAAGAAGGUAUUGGAACAACUGAAUGUUUUUGCUGAGGAAGAUGCUGCUGCUGCUGCAGAGGCACUAAAUGAUAUGCCAAUCAAGAAGCUGUAUAUGUUAAUCGAGAUGGCAGCCCAGGGACAGCAAGGUGGGGAUGCUGAGGCAAUAUACUCGGGUAAAGAGAAGAUUGAGAUUGCGCACUUCUAUGAUUGCCUGCAGGAUGUCGUUCGAUACUGAUUGUUAACUGUUUCCUGCUACAUUUCUUUUGGUUCCCCGAGCAUGGAGUUGUCUCCCAAAUUAUGUUCUAGUUUUCUUUACGUUUCCUCUCUUUUCCUUCGUGUGUGAGAGUUUUGAUUGCAUGUAUCCUAAAGCUUUUGCGGCAUAGUUUGAAUCUUGGGCUUUAUAUUUUUCUCGACCCAUUCACUAUGCCGAAUAGUAUUCUCUUCAUUGAUGUUGGCAGUUGUUUUUUUUUUCCCUGUAAUAAAUUAGGAUCCUAUAAUUGAUUCUCUUGGGUUUUGGAAAAUAUAGAUUUGAUAUAAUUACUGCUCUUU